AGCCUCAAGGACCGAAGGCGCGAUUGGUCAUUCACAAGAUGGCACUUGUGAAUUUCAAGAGCUACGCGGGUCGUCAAGAGAUUGGGCCAUUCCACAAAUCUUUCUCUGCGAUUGUCGGGCCUAACGGCUCUGGAAAGUCAAAUACCAUUGAUGCUCUUCUCUUCGUCUUUGGAUAUCGUGCCUCCAAGAUGAGGCAAGGCAAGCUCUCGGAGUUAAUCCACAACUCCGCGCGAUACCCCGACUUGGAUGAGUGUAGCGUUGAGGUCCACUUCCGGGAGAUCUUGGAUCUGCCCGGGCCAGAUGCAUUCGAGGCCAUAGCUGGCUCUGACCUCGUCGUCGCUCGGACUGCGUACAAGAGUAACUCCAGCAAGUACACUAUCAACGGCAAGCAGAGCAACUACAAGGAAGUGCAGACACUUCUCAAGGGACGCGGUAUUGAUCUCGACCAUAAUCGAUUCCUCAUCCUCCAGGGCGAAGUCGAGUCUAUAGCUCAGAUGAAGCCUAAGGCGCCUACUGAACAUGAAGAUGGUCUUCUCGAGUAUCUCGAAGAUAUCAUUGGCACUUCACAGUACAAAGAACCGAUCGACGAAGCCCUUGUGGAGGUUGAACGUCUCUCAGAGGAUCGUCAGGAGAAGCUCAACAGACUUCGGAUCGUCGAGAAGGAUCGAAACGCCUUGGAAGCCAAGAAGAAGGAAGCAGAGGACUACCUACGCUUGCAGAAUGAGCAUGUCCGUGCUCUGUCUCGUUUGUGGCAAUGGUAUCUGUGGAAGUGUUUGAUUAACGACGAAGCGUUCGAGAAGGCCAUCGCUCGCUACGAAAAGGAGCUAGCUGCUGAGCGAGAGCGCAACAAUGACGACGUUUUGCACCUCGAAGCCCUGGAGCAACAUUACAACGAGCGUGUUGAAACCUAUGAGGAAGUCAAAGCUGCUGCCGCCGAAGCGACCAAGGACCUCGCUGCUCAUGAGAAACGUCAAGUUGGCCUCGACGAGAGGCGUAAGCACGCGAAUAGCAAGGCGAAGAAGCUUAAGAAGUCCUUGCAGGAGGACGAGCAUCAUAAAAACGAGGCCGUCCGCGCUGUUCAAGAUAACUCCACCAAGAUGGAAAGGGAGAAGAAGAAGGUAGAAGAGUUAGAGGCUUCCCUUGCGCAUGAAGAAGACGUGCUCGAAGAAAUCCGAGAUAGCCUGAAAGACAAGACUCAGGUCUUCCAUGACAAGAUUGAGGUUAAACAGAAGGAGCUCCAGCCUUGGACAGCGAAGAUCAACGCGAAACAGGCUGAGAUCGACCUGGCGACGGGCGAGCGCGACAUGCUCGCCAAGAAGGCCGAGGCUGCUAGGGCCGCAAGCAAGGAAGCUCAGGACCAGCUUGAACAGUUGCGCGCUGACCACGAUGCGAAGGUUGCCGAGCUCGACGAACUGAAAGGCACGAAGGCGAACAACUCGACGGAGCGCAAGUCGAAGGAGAAGCAAGUCCAGGAUAUGCAAGCCCGUGUGCAGCAACUACGCGGCAAGGCUUCUUCCACACGUCAGAAAGCCGAGGAAGCGAGGGCGUCGCAGACUGCAAACCAGUCUCGCAACCACGUCCUCGACAGCUUGACUCGCUUACGUAGUGCAGGUCGUAUAUCGGGAUUCCACGGUCGUCUAGGAAGCCUUGGAACAAUUCCUGAUAAGUAUGACGUAGCGGUAUCAACGGCUUGCAGCGCUUUGAACAACCUCGUCGUCGACACUGUUGAUCAAGGUCAAGCAUGCAUCGAGUAUCUGCGAAAGCAGAACAUCGGCCGCGCCUCGUUCAUGGUUCUGGAGAAGUUAAACAGUCGUGGCAUACAAAAGAUCCCAACCCCAGAGGAUGUUCCUAGGCUCUUUGACCUCAUCAAGCCGAAGGAACCUCGAUUCGCUGCUGCGUUCUACAAGGGCGUCCACGACACUCUGGUGGCUAACGACCUCGACCAGGCGAACCGGAUUGCUUUCGGCGGAUCACAUCGGUGGCGUGUCGUCACGCUGGCUGGACAACUGAUCGACUCGUCGGGAACGAUGUCUGGAGGUGGCAAUCACGUUAUGCGUGGGGGCAUGAGCUCGAAGUUGCAAGCCGAAGCAGUGCCUCCGGACGUUCUCAGACAGUAUGAGCACGACAGCGAGGAGGCUGCUCGAGAGCUCGAAGCCCUUCAGCAUCGACUGCGGGAGGCAGAGGUCGAAUUAGACGGUGCUAUGCGCUCAGGACCGCAGCUGGAUAUGGCGAUCGAGAAGGUCAACCUUGACCUCCGUACAGGCGCCAAGCGCAUUGCUGAGGCCGAGAAGCGUGUUCACGAUCUCAAGUCCCAGACUAAGCCGGAUGCCGGUGAUGUCAGGCGCAUCUCCGCGCUUGAGGAGCAGAUCGGUGCCCACACCGAGGAGCUGGAGGAGUUGCAAGAGAAGACCGAAGCAAUCGAGCAGGAGAUCAAAGCUCUGGAGAAGAAGAUCCUCGAGAUCGGUGGUGCCCGUUUGCUCUCGCAAAGGUCUAAGGUCGACGGGAUCCGGCUACACAUUAACCUCGCCAACGACGAGAUCACUAAAGCAGAGGUGGCCAAAGCGAAGGCCGAGAAAGACUCGACGAAGCUGGAGAGCACUAUUGAGUCCAACCAUGCCGCUUUGGAAGAGGUCAACGCCGAUCUGGAGAAGCUCAAUGGUCAGAUUGAAGAGAUCACUGCUUAUGUCGAGGAGCUUCGGUCAAAGGUAGAAGCUGCACAGACUGCUGUCGAGAAUUCAAAAGACGAUCUGGAAAGCCUCAAGAAGGAGCUCGAUGCCAAGACGGAAGAGAUCCAAGCUUUCCGUAAGAAAGAAGUGGAGCUCACACAAGCCUUGGCCGAUGCUAAGAAGGAGGCCGCUGAGAAUCAACGAGCUUUGGACCACUGGCAGGACGAGCAUGACAAGCUUAAGCUUGAAGAGGUCGACGACGAUGACGACGAUGACGACGAGGCGGCAGACAAGGAUAAGGAAGGCGGGGUCAAGCGGGAGCCUGGCGAGGCAUCCCGACGUCAGGAGCGCGAGAAAACCCCGCCAUUCGAGCUGCAUGUCUACAGCGCAGAGGAGCUGAAUGAGUUCAAGAAGAGAGAGCUCAUCGCCGAUGCCGAGUUGUUGGACGAGAAACUCAAGAACUCGAAACCGGAUCUCAGCGUGCUCAAGGACUACCGGAAGCGCGAGGAAGAGUUCUUGAGACGCGCCUCUGAUCUCGAGGAAGUGACGAAACUUCGCGACGCCAAGAAAUUGGAGUACGACAGUCUGCGGAAGCAACGACUGGAUGAGUUUAUGACGGGCUUUAACACGAUCUCAUUGAAGCUCAAGGAGAUGUAUCAGAUGAUCACGCUCGGUGGAAAUGCUGAACUUGAACUGGUCGAUAGCAUGGACCCCUUCUCUGAGGGAAUCAUCUUCAGUGUUAUGCCGCCGAAGAAGAGCUGGAAGAACAUCUCCAACCUGUCAGGAGGGGAGAAGACGCUGAGCUCCCUUGCGUUGGUCUUUGCGUUGCAUGUGUACAAGCCGACGCCCCUCUACUUCAUGGACGAGAUCGAUGCUGCACUUGACUUCCGGAACGUCUCCAUUGUGGCCAAUUACAUCAAGGACCGCACGAAGAAUGCGCAGUUCAUUAUCAUCUCACUGAGGAAUGAUAUGUUCGAGCUGAGCCAUCGCCUCAUCGGUAUUUACAAGACAGCGAACCAGACUCGUAGUAUAUCCAUUGACAACCAGCCUCUGACCGCCAUCCCUGUGAACUUUCUGACGACAUGAUUGCUGUAUCUGUAUUGUUAUGCUAUGUUGGUUAUCGUAUACCGUGUUGUAGUGUAUAUCAGUCUAUUCAAUCUUCUCUGUUGUAC